AUGCGCCCCAUAUCGUCAUUAUCUUUAGUGGCUCUAGGCUUAGUGGGGUCCACCACUGCUUAUCCACAGCCAUAUCAAGAUGCCGAGGCUGUCUUGGGCGUUUCCUCUGCCUCCUCAAACCAGGACAAGGCCGAUGCUGUCAAGGAGGCCUUUCAACAUGCAUGGGACGGAUACAAAAAAUAUGCCUUCCCACACGAUGAGUUGCAUCCGGUGAGUAAUGGGUACGGGGACUCCAGGAACGGAUGGGGUGCCUCCGCAGUCGAUGCCCUUUCAACUGCCAUUGUCAUGGGUAACCAGGAUGCAGUCACCACGAUCUUGGAACAUAUCGCCGGAAUUGAUUACAGCAAGACCUCGGACCAGGUCAGCUUAUUUGAAACAACCAUUCGAUACCUAGCUGGCAUGCUAUCCGGUUAUGAUUUGUUGACCGGUCCAGCUGCAAAUAUGGCCACCGAUCCAAGUCACGUUGAUGCUUUACUCACACAGUCGAAGAAUCUGGCCGAUAUUCUUAAAUUCGCUUUUGAUACCCCCUCCGGUGUCCCCUACAACGGUAUCAACAUCACUUCUCAGGGGAAUGACGGAGCCACGACCAAUGGCCUUGCGGUGACCGGUACCCUUGUGCUGGAAUGGACUCGUCUGUCCGACCUGACAGGUGACGACGAAUAUGCCAAACUCAGCCAGAAGGCCGAGUCCUACCUGUUGAACCCUCAGCCAGCCAGCACAGAACCAUUCCCCGGCCUUGUGGGCAGUCACAUCAGCAUCGCCAAUGGUCAAUUCACCGAUGGCUCAGUUACCUGGAAUGGAGGUGACGAUUCGUUCUACGAGUACCUGAUUAAAAUGUACGUGUACGACCCUAAGCGGUUCGAGACGUACAAGGACCGCUGGGUCCUGGCCGCCGAGUCGACCAUUAAGCACUUGGCGUCACACCCGGAAGCCCGCCCGGAAUUGACGUUCCUGUCUUCGUACAACAACGGCAACUAUGAUCUCAACUCACAACAUUUGAGUUGUUUCGACGGCGGAAGCUUCCUUUUGGGUGGAAGCGUACUGGGCCGUCAGGACUUUAUUGACUUUGGUCUUGAGCUGGUUCAUGGAUGCGAGGCUACUUACAAUUCUACUUUAACCCACAUUGGUCCGGAUUCAUGGGGCUGGGACCCUAAACGGGUACCAAGUGACCAGAAGGCAUUUUACGAAAAGGCGGGUUUCUACAUCAACAGUGGUUACUACGUCCUGCGACCGGAGGUGAUUGAAAGUUUCUACUAUGCGUACCGUGUGACUGGGAACAGUAUAUAUCGCGAUUGGGUGUGGAAUGCAUUUGUGGGAAUCAAUGCUACUUGCCGCACUGACUCGGGUUUUGCGGCCGUCACCAAUGUGAACGCUCCGAAUGGUGGUUCCAAGGACAACAACCAGGAAAGCUUCCUGUUUGCCGAAGUCCUGAAGUACUCGUACCUGACUCACGCAGAGGAUGCCGAGUGGCAGACUAAGAAGGGUGAUAACAAUGCUUUCGUGUUUAACACCGAGGCCCACCCCAUGCGUGUGAACCGUACCUAA